GCUAGGACAAAAGAGAUGAUUUUUAUUUCACACUAAGGCCUGGAACUGCCUAUUGAACAAACAUCCUGAUCAGGCAACAUACGAAUGGCCCAAGGAAGCCAGCAAAUUGAUUUUCAGGUUUUAAAUGACCUGCGCCAAAAAUUUCCUGAGGUACCUGAAGUUGUUGUGUCCAGAUGCAUGUUACAGAAUAAUAAUAAUUUGGAUGCCUGUUGUGCAGUUCUCUCUAAGGAGAGCACAAAGUAUCUCUACGGUGAAGGAGACAUUGGUUUUUCAGAUGAUUCUGGCAUUUCCAGCCUGCGAAAUCACAUGACAUCCCUUAAUUUGGAUUUGCAAUCACAGAAUGUGAAUCUCCAUGGAAGAGAAGGAAGUAGAAUGAAUGGAAGUAGGACUUUAACUCAUAGUAUUAGUGAUGGACACCUUCAGACCAGCCUGUCCAACAGUGAAUUGUGUCAUCAGGAACCACAGACUGCUCCAGUCCAAGUUCCACAGGGAUUCUUUGGCAUAUCUAAUACUCCUAGUAGUUCCAAUCCAGGACAGCAUUUUGGAUUUCACUUGGGCAGUAAAGGAUCUUCUGGCUUGGCUCAGCAAAUACCUAGAUUUAAUCCCAUUAUGGUAACUUUAGCCCCAAAUAUUCAGCCUGGUCGGAAUACCCCAACAUCUUUGCACAUACAUGGUGUACCUCCAAUAAACAGUCCACAAGGCAAUUCUAUCUACAUUAGACCUUACAUCACAAAUCCAAGUGGUACAACUCGCCAGAAUCAGCAAAAUCCAGCUUGGAUGUCUCAGUUCAAUCCUAUGCAUUCUCAGCAAAACUACCAGCCUUCACAUUCAAAUCCCUGGACAACUAUUCCCACAACCAGUUCCUUGACACAUACCUCAUCACAACAGCCAAACCAGCAAGGCCAUCAGACCUCUCAUGUGUAUAUGCCUAUAAGUUCUCCUACAACUCCCCAAGCACCUACAGUUCAUUCAUCUGGUAGCUCACAAUCUUCUUCAGCCCAGAGCCAAUAUAAUAUCCAAAACAUAUCAACAGGACCUCGUAAAAACCAAAUUGAAAUCAAACUUGAACCACCGCAAAGAAAUAAUUCAUCAAAACUUCGUUCUACAGGUCCCCGCUCAUCCACAAAUUCCUCUUCCAGCAACAGCCAGACUUUAAGUAGAAGUCAACCCACUGUUUACAUAGCUGCCAGUCCACCAAAUACAGAUGAAAUAAUUACACGAAGUCAGCCUAAGGUGUACAUUUCAGCCAAUGCUUCUGCAGGUGAUGAACAACUUGUACGGAAUCAGCCCACACUCUUCAUAUCAACAAAUCCAGGAGUUACUGCCACAUCUAGGAAUAUGUCUGGUCAAGUUAGCAUGGGACCUGCCUUUAUUCAUCACCACCCUCCCAAAAGCAGAACAAUUGGAAACAAUGCUUCUGCCACUUCUCCCCGAGUAGUGGUUACUCAGCCUAACACAAAAUACACUUUUAAAAUUACUGUUUCUCCAAAUAAACCCCCUGCAGUUUCACCAGGUGUGGUGUCCCCAACUUUUGAACCUACAAACCUUCUAAAUCUUCCUGAACACUUUGCAGAAACAGAAAAUAUCCAACACCUUACUGACCCUGUUUUAGCACAUGUCGAUAGGAUUAGUGAAGCACGAAAACUGAGCAUGGGAUCUGAUGAUGCAGCCUAUACACAAGGUAAUACUUUUAU